AUGUCUCACUCACACGACGGAGCCCACUCUCACUCCCACGAUGCUGUCGAUCAUGGACACACUCACGAGAUUCUAGACGGACCCGGCUCCUUCUUGGGCCGCGAGAUGCCCAUUGUAGAAGGCCGUGAUUUCUCUGAGCGAGCAUUCACAGUCGGUAUCGGUGGUCCCGUCGGUUCAGGAAAGACUGCUCUCAUGCUGGCCCUCUGCCUGGCCCUCCGCGAAAAGUACAACAUCGCUGCCGUCACCAACGACAUCUUUACCCGUGAGGACUGCGAGUUCUUGACCAGACAUAAAGCAUUACCUGCCGAACGCAUUCGCGCCAUCGAGACUGGAGGUUGUCCUCAUGCUGCCGUGCGUGAGGAUAUCUCGGCAAACUUGGCUGCGUUGACAGAUUUACAUCAAGAAUUCAACACGCAGAUCUUGCUUAUUGAGUCUGGUGGUGAUAAUUUGGCUGCGAACUACAGUCGCGAGCUUGCCGAUUUUAUCAUCUAUGUCAUUGAUGUCUCGGGGGGUGACAAAAUUCCUCGCAAGGGCGGUCCGGGAAUCACACAGUCUGACUUGCUUGUUGUCAACAAGACUGAUUUGGCUGAAUUGAUUGGUGCUGAUCUUGGAGUUAUGGACAGAGACUCGAGGAAGAUUAGAGAGGGAGGUCCUACAAUUUUCGCACAGGUCAAGAACGGCAAGGGUGUUGAUCACAUUGUCGAUCUGAUCUUGAGUGCUUGGAGGAGCAGCGGUGCAAGCCAGGCAAACCCUCAAUAG